UCCCUCUCUGCAAAGAACCCUCUCACUUUCACACUCUCACUGUCUAUCUUCAGCUGAAGAAGCAGCAGCUUCCAUCGGCAGCUUCUUCUCGCACUUAAAAAUGGAGACGCUCUGACUCUCUCUCUCCAUUUCUUCUAUAUUAUCGUUGGAUUACCAGAUCCGAAAUGCCUGAGGUCAAAAAGCCGAUUAGGUUUCUCAAAAGCGCUUCAUCAGACCCGAUUUUCCAGCUUCUCUAGCACCAACGGAGGCACCUCGAAAUCGCAGAAGCAGCCGUAUUUCAGAAUCACUUUUUGUCAAGGGCCCACUACGACCCAAUAUGGAGCCCACAAUGACCCAAUAUUGGGCCCACUUCCGACAGCCGACAGAUUGGUAGGACCCAGUGUGAGCUCAACCCUUGUUCGCUUUACGGACCCAGUAUCUAUACAUGUAUGUCUGAUUGUCCGUCUCUGAAGCUAAGUAAAAGUGUUCGAUAAACUAUAACCGUUAUUUAGCCGUUGGGGUGUCUGAAUAUUUCUCAUUUGAAAAGGUUGGAGAGUUCGGUUAGUAUAUUAGUAAUGAGCCCACGUUUGCUAUAAUUUAACAGAUUGUGGGGUUUCGAUGGAUAAUGUUGGAUUGGAUUUUAGGUGCAGCUGAGGGGUCUCUUUCUGGUUUGCAAAAGGGCAGCUUUCAGAGAGGUGGUUGCUGGGUUUGCUUUGAGUUUCCUAUUCUCCAUUCCAUUAAUUCAUGAACCCCAUUUGUCUCUUUCCCCGCUGUUCGUGUCAAAUGUGCUUUCGGCAUUGUCCAUUUUCUAGAUUCACCCCAUCAUCUUUGAAGAGAUUGCGUAUAUUAGACCUUUCUCGUCGUUUUAUAAUGGGUUUGCUAUGCUCCGCUUUGUGUACUUGUACUCAUGUUUAAACUCUGAAGGUGUGCUGAUUGUCCUUAAUUCUCUUCAAGUUUUAUACUUUCUAUCUGUUUGGAAGCAAUGUCACUUUUAAAGUCUUAUAGAGUUACUGUAAGGAAAGUAUAAUUUUGUUUGUAGGAACCUUGUUCCUUUUUUAAGUUUUUGUAUACUGUUUGAGGAGGCAGUUUAAUUAGUUUUAAGAUAGGACCGGGAUUUAAUUAGUUUUAAGAUAGGACCGGGACUGCUACAAGCAGAAAUGCAUUGAUGAUGGAUGGGGCAGUCGCUCAUUUGUUGGGGCAAUUUCUGCUUGAUCCCCAACCGGCAAGCCUUGAAUUUUCCGGUUUUUCUUAUUUGAUGCAACUCUACCGCAGUUACAGGUUAGAAUAAAUGAAGUUCCAAGUGAAAGUUUCCCUUGCCUGUCUCAUAACCUUGAUCGUGAUUCAGCAAAGUGUUUGCGCAGAUGAGGUUUCGAGUACUUCCAAUGCAACAGACUGGACAUGUAGAUGCUCAUAUCAAGGAAACCUGAGCUACACUCUAGAACCUUACUGUUCGGCAUCCUGUAAUUGCAGUCAGGAUGCUGGAAGUAACACUACAUGGACAUGCAUAUGUGCUGCGAAUGGGCUUCCUAAAGUGGCAGCAGACGGUCAUGAUCCUAAUUGUUUUACAGCCUGCAACUGCACUUAUGGAUAUCUCAAUGCAGCACAGCAUUCAAAAAACCGUCUUCCGAGCAAAGUUGUUGUGAUUAUUCUUUUAGCAUGUGUCAUACUCACAACUCUUGCUUUUAUUUCCUCGGUGGCAUGCUACUUCUGCCGAAGGGCCAAGUGCUCUAUUCAACCGCCAAUAUUUUCGUCAGACACGGAAACAAGUUGCAAUAGUGCUUCCAACUUAAUUAGCUAUAAGAGCUCAUUGUUUGAGACCAAAAUUAAUAUGGAUUCUCCCAUCAGUAAAGGCACAGGGUGCUUUACCUCUUGCGUAUUUAGGAGCAAACCCCGAGCUACACCUGGAGCAAUUAUUCAAUUUUCAUAUGUUGAACUGGAAAGUGCAACCAAUAAGUUUUCAGACUCCAAUCUAAUAGGACUUGGCGGCAGUAGCUAUGUCUAUCGUGGCCAGCUUAAAGAUGGUGAAAUUGUGGCAGUUAAGCGUCUAAAAGCUCUGAAAGGGCCAGAUAUGGACUCUGUCUUUUUAACAGAGAUUGAGAUGUUAGCAAGACUUCACCAUUUUCAUGUGGUGCCUUUGCUUGGGUACUGCUUUGAAACCCAUGGAAAAAAUGCCGAGAGGCUAUUGGUAUUUGAGUACAUGAAUAACGGUAACCUGAGAGAUUGUUUGGAUGGGGAUGAAGGGAAAAACAUGGAUUGGGUCACUCGAGUUUCAAUUGCCAUUGGAGCUGCAAGGGGUUUGGAAUAUCUCCAUGAAGCAGCUGCUCCAAGAAUUCUACAUCGAGAUGUCAAAUCCACUAACAUUCUUCUGGAUGAAAAUUGGCAAGCAAAAAUAACUGAUCUUGGUAUGGCGAAACGCUUGAAAGCUGAUGGUCUCCCUAGUGCAUCUAGUUCUCCAGCUAGAAUGCAGGGGACUUUUGGUUAUUUUGCACCGGAGUAUGCAAUUGUUGGCAGAGCAUCUCUUAAGUCAGAUGUUUUCAGUUUUGGUGUGGUUCUUCUUGAGCUUAUCACUGGUCGGAAGCCCAUCCAUCAAUCAACCAACAAGGGAGAAGAAAGCCUUGUCAUAUGGGCUACGCCUCGUUUACAGGAUAGUAAGCGAGUAAUCACAGAGUUGGCCGAUCCAGAUUUAGAUGGAAACUUCCCGGAAGAGGAGAUGCAGAUAAUGGCUUACUUGGCAAAAGAAUGCCUACUGUUGGAUCCUGAUGCUAGACCAAACAUGAGUGAGGUUGUUCAAAUCCUUUCGACUAUUUCACCAGAGAGAUCUAAAAGGAAAAACUUUUCUGCAAACCUUUUUGAGCACAUAAGCAUGGAUGGCCAUAAAGAUGCUGAGGAGCUAAGGCAAGCGAAAUCCAAUAAAAGUUCAGUUCGUUGUUCACUGCCACUAGACAUUGACCGUAAUCUCUGUGCUGAAAGAGAUACAGAUUCUCUUUCAGAUAACUAUAUGGAGAGAUUGAUCCUCUUGACUUCAAAUGCCAGGAGUUGUCGUGCCAACGAUGAUGAGACGGUGGAUUUAACUGAGCCCAGGUUUGAGUCAUUUUGCGUAACAAGUGGUAAGCCCUCAUGACAGGGGAAAACUGUGAACGUAGCACGAGCACGGAUAGGAUGGAAACCAGAUUUUAAGCUUGGUUCAGAUACUUGUUUGCGGUCGGUUGCUCGAAGAAAUCAUGAGGAAGCAAGCGGGUUUCUGAAGAUUUUUUUUUUUUUUUCUAUACUUUUUUCUUUGAAGAAAAUCAUAGGCUGUAUAUGUUGUUUGGUGGUUGUACAGAAGUUAUAGAAAUUGAAAUAUGUUAGGAGAUGAAAAGGAUGGUAUGCUGCUUGUAACUCAGUAAAUGCAAAAAGAUAGUUUUCAAAGCA